CCUGCUGGCUCCGUGCUGAUUUGUACUGCUCCCCGCUCCGCAUCUCCCUCUCCCCUCAUCUGUCCUGCUUCCCUCGCCGUCAUGUCACCAAAGACCGCUCCCUUUGGCCUGUGGGCCUCGCCCAUCACCACCGACUUGCUGACGGCCUCGUCCGUCCGUCUGCAGGAGGUCUUUGUCGAUCGCACCACCAACACUGUCUACCACCUCGAGGGUCGUCCCUCCGAAGGCGGCAGGAGCGUUCUCGUUGAGCACAAGCUCACGGCCGGAUCUGCCCCUCUUGACCGUGCUGCCGACUCUUCCAGAGAAGUGAACAGCUCCUCCACCAACGUCGGCACCAGUGUCCACGAGUACGGCGGUGGCCCAGCCACUGCUUUUGGCGGCAUUGUCGUCUUCAGCGAGCGCAAGGACCGUCGCCUCUACAUUGUCCGUGACGAGCAGGAGCCUGUGGCGCUCACCGAGGAUCGCCCUUCGGUUCGCUAUGCCGAUCUCUACAUCCACCCGUCCAAGGACUACCUCAUCGCCAUCCAGGAAGAGCACAAGUCUGACCACCAUGACGAUGUCGUCAACCGGGUCGUUCGCAUCAACCUGUCCUCCGGCGCCGUUACCACUGUUGUCGAAGGCAAGGACUUUUACUCGUAUCCCCGCUUCUCCGAGGAUGGCACCCUCAUCUCCUGGAUCCAAUGGUCCCAUCCGAACAUGCCCUGGGAUCAGAGCGCGCUGUUCUAUGGCCAAUGGGAUGGUCACAACGUCUCGGAUGUCCGUGCCGUCGCGGAUGGACACGAGUCUGUUGCCCAGAGCAAGUGGGCCAAGGACGGAUCGCUCUACUUCACCAGCGACCGUCACGGAUUUUCCAACCUCUAUCGGCUCAAGGAUGGCCAGGUCUCGCUUGUCUUGAAGAACACCCUUGACGCCGAGUUUAGCCCUCCAGACUGGGUGUUUGGAGCCUCAUCGUACGACUUCCUGGCCGAUGGCCGGAUCGUGAGCGCCUAUUCAGAGAACGGCGUCGAGAAACUCGCCAUCAUCAACCCCGCUGACCAAUCCAUCGAGGAUAUUUCGUCCGAGUUUUCGCAUGUCGGUGAUGUCCGCAUUGCCACUAUCCCUGAGAGUUCCCAUCAGGUACUCUUUUUCCUGGCCACUACCUCCGCCAAGCCCCUUGCUCUGUAUGCCUACGACCUCGUUCGCAACGAGGCUGUCCCCAUCAAGAAGGCCAUUGAUCUCCAGAUCAAUGAGAAGUACAUCUCUGUUGCGCAGCCCAUCGCCUUCCCCACAACCCUGCCCGAUGGCCGUGAAACCCAAGCCUACACUUACUACUAUCCGCCCACUAACGCCGACUACACGGGUGAAGAAGGUGCCCUACCGCCGCUGGUUGUCAGCUGCCACGGCGGCCCCACCGCCCACGUCAGCGCCGGCCUGAACCUCACGAUUCAGUAUUGGACUUCGCGCGGCUUUGCCUUUGCUGACGUCAACUACGGCGGAUCGUCCAACUAUGGACGCGAAUAUCGCGAGCGGUUGAAGAACAACUGGGGCAUCGUCGAUGCUGUUGAUGUCAUCAACGCCGCCAAGUAUCUCUCCAGCAUCGGACUUGCCGACCCUAAGCGUUUGGCCAUCACCGGAGGCUCGGCUGGCGGAUACUUGGUGCUCCGUGUCCUUACCUACAAGCCGGAUGCAUUCCAGGCCGGUGCCUCGCUGUAUGGUAUCUCGGAUCUGGUUGAGCUCGCCAAGCUGACGCACAAAUUUGAAGCGCACUACAUGGAGCCGCUUCUCGGCGGCAAGUACACCGACAUUCUCCAGGUCUACCACGACCGCUCGCCGAUCAACUUUGCCGACCAGAUCACGGCGCCUCUGUUGGUCCAGCAGGGCUCCGAAGACCGCGUUGUUCCCCCCAACCAGGCCGAGCUUAUUGUCGAUGCCAUCAAGAAGAAGAAUGGCAUUGUCGAGUACUUGCUCUUUGAGGGCGAGGCCCAUGGAUUCCGCAAGGCCGAGAACAUCAAACAGUCCCUCGAGUCGCAGCUGGGAUUCUACCUCAGAGUCUUUGGCAUUGAGGCCUAAGCCGGACCUCGCUUGGCGGCUGUUUUGUCGUCGCUGUCCCCACUACCUGUCCCGCUCAUCUACUUGUCUGGGACUGAGAGCGCCAACACGCUGUACAAUCGAUGCGAUGAAACGGGACACAGC